UCAAAAAUUUCUGUAUUUGGGAUUUAACUUCAACUGUUUUAUACUAUUGCUAAGAUUUUACAAUCAGAAAUAUUUUAGUCUGUAAAUUCUCCUCCAAUGAUGCUUAGAUUCAGAGAAACGAGCGCAGCUUGAUUGGAGUAGACGUGUAAACAUUAUAAGUGGAAUUGCAAGGGGAAUUCUUUAUUUACACGAGGACUCUCGACUUCGAAUCAUCCAUAGAGACCUGAAAGCUAGCAAUGUUUUAUUGGACGAUGAUAUGAACCCUAAGAUCUCCGAUUUUGGCAUGGCAAGGAUCUUUGCAGGAAGUGAAGGCCAAGCAAAUACGACUACAAUAGUUGGGACAUAGUAAGUGCUUCAUUUCUAAAUUUUCUUUCCAAUAGGAAACUUAUGGUACUCAACAUUUUGUUCUGGAUUUUGGUAUUCGAAUUAGCGGAUACAUGGCUCCAAAAUAUGCAAUGGAAGGAGUAUAUUCUGUCAAGUCUGAUGUUUAUGGUUUUGGAGUACUAUUGCUUGAGAUCAUAACUGGGAUAAGGAACGCCGGCUUUCAUCAAAUGAAACGUGUUCCUAGCCUUGUUAACAUAUGUAAGCUACUUUAUGCACUUCUCUCAGAGCAAGACUCUUUGCAAUUAAACAGCAGCUUAAUGCUUAUCCAAUUGAUUAUGAUGCAGGCAUGGAAAUUAUGGCAUGACGGAAAAGGGUUGGAGCUACUCGACCCACUACUGAUCGAUUCAUGUGAUCCAGAUGAGUUUCUAAGAUAUCUUCAUAUCGGAUUGUUGUGUGUCCAGGAAGAUGCAUAUGACAGGCCAACCAUGUCUUCUGCUAUUGUAAUGUUGAAAAGUGAUACUGUAACUCUUAGCCAACCCGAGAAACCUGCUUUCACCACCGGAAGAUUCACUGACCAUUAUACUGAGACAGUUGGUAAUAGCUCUAUUAAUGGUCUAACAGUUUCUAACGUCAUGCCGCGAUAACACCAUGAGCUUCAUGAA